CCUGGCCUUUUCUCUCUGUGUCACGCUUCCCUCGCCUGAGUGGUGGCUCGCUCCGCCCAGGUCUCUGGUCGAAUCGAAUCGGGUGGGCUCGGGCUCGUCUCCCAGGAAAGCGCAACGAGAUUCCUCGCGCGCACGGCAGAUCGCGCGGGAGUGGAGGGAGUGGGGGAAACGAGCCGCGAGUGCGCGAGGAGCAUGGGAUCGGAGGGACGGGGCUGGAACGGCGCGGCCGCCGGCAGCGGCGACGGCGUCGGAGGCAGGGAGGAGAAGCCGACCACCACCGCCGCGGUGGCCGCGGGGGCGCCGGCGGACGUGCCCACGUCUGCGGCCUCCGUCGACAUAACCCUGCCGCUCCCGGAGAUGACGCCUCGCAUCAUAGGCCUCUGCAAGGAGUUGGUCAAAGGGUGGUCAUCGCUGGACAGCUCCUGCUUCUCCAUCGAGACGGUGUCUGGCGGCAUCACGAAUCUAUUGCUGAAGGUGUCUGUCAAAGAAGACACUGACAAUGAGUUUUCUGUGACUGUUCGGUUGUAUGGACCAAAUACAGACUUGGUGAUCGAUCGGAAAAGGGAAUUGCAGGCGAUACCAUAUCUCUCAGCUGCAGGGUUUGGGGCUCGGCUACUUGGAAUUUUUGAGAAUGGAGUAGUUCAGUCAUUCAUCAAUGCUCGAACACUCUCACCUGCAGACAUGAGAGAACCUAGAAUAGCAGCUGAAAUUGCCAAGGAGCUCCACAGAUUCCAUCAAGUAGACAUUCCAGGGCCUAAAGAACCGCAACUGUGGGAUGACAUAUUCAAGUUUUUGAAAAAAGCUUCAGCAUUGAAGUUUAAGGAUAACGAGAAGCAGAAGAGAUAUGAGACAAUCUCAUUUACAGAAAUACAAGAUGAAGUUCAAGAACUUAAGGAUCUCUCGGAUCUUCUGCAUGCGCCUCUGGUUUUUGCACACAAUGAUUUGCUUUCAGGAAAUCUGAUGCUCAAUGAUUCGGAAGGGAAGCUAUAUUUUAUUGAUUUUGAGUAUGGGUCAUACAGCUACCGCGGUUAUGACAUUGCAAAUCAUUUCAACGAAUAUGCAGGAUUUGAUUGUGACUACAACAUGUACCCAGAUAAAGAUGUCCAGUAUCACUUCUUCAGGAAUUAUCUGCAACCUGAUAAACCUAGUGAGGUGCGGGCACAAGAUCUGGAAGCACUUUAUGUCGAAACAAACACUUUCAGAUUAGCAUCGCACAUUUACUGGGCAUUAUGGGCCCUUAUUCAGGCAAAUGUAUCCCCGAUUGAUUUCGACUAUCUUGGGUACUUCUUCCUAAGGUACGGUGAGUACAAGAAACAGAGGGAGUCCUGCAUUUCCUUGGCACAAGGCUUCCUCUCUGAGCUGAGAAAUGGCUAGAACCUGAUAAUCUGUUGACGAGUCAAGAAUGUGAUCCGCUCCCCUCAUGGCGGGUAGGCUUCGGCUGCUGCUCAGAAACUCUAUUAUGGUGGUGGUAGCAGCCUCUCGUUGUUGUAUCUGAUGUUAGAAAUUCGUCAUGGCCUGUUAGGAAGCCACACGAUGGGUCCUCGGGAAAACACCUGUAUACUUCUAUUUGUAAUAAACACAGUCCUGAUGGGUUCUGCUCCGUGCAAUUUGUUGUGCAUAAAAGCUAUCCAUGUUUAAGCUUUUUGAUACAUUCUGGCAGAAAAAGUAUAGUUUAAGAUUAGCAAAACUGCAAAAGUAAGGCUUUCUAGAAAUUCCCUUCCCCUGACCUUGGAGUUUUCAAUAUUUGGUGCUGCAUUUUUGAAUAAAUAAAAUUUUGGUUGAUA